UUGGCAAAAUUCUAACCAUUAACAUGGGCCCACUGGCUUUAGCCAGUGGAGUUCUGUUUUAAAUUUAUUUCAGUUAGCCUCUAUAGUUGGUGCGAAUAUUUUGAGCUCACAAUCCACAAAACUCGUUUUCAAGGUGUUUGCGGUUUUGGUCUGACCAUGGUGUAAUGGUUCUGAUCAGCUGUGUCUUUUAUUGUACUGGGAAUAUGUUAUGUUGAUGGGUACAACAUUUGUAAUAUCAAUUUUUUUUUUGUUUCCAGACAUCUUGGUUAUACUUGUUUACUUUUUGUAAUGAAAUUAUAAAGUGUUUGGUGUGUAGACAUAAAAGUUAAAAAUGCCGACCAGACCAUAUAAACGGAAAAUUCAAGCAAAAGACUCAAAAGUUCUAUCACUAGAUGAAACAUGUGAUUCUGCUAAGAAAAUCACACCGGCCACCUCUCAACCGAGUACAUCAAGGAAUACUCCUGGCAAUUCCUUAGAUAAAUUGCUCCUCCAUAAUUCGGACGAUUUAAAGUUGCGAGAAAAGCAUUGUCUAUUUCCCGCCUUUAAUGUUGGCAAAUUAUCAAUUGAUAACAUCGAAGAGUUAAAUCUUCAUUUAAACUGCACAGUUUCCAUGCCUUGUCCUAUCUACAUUUCUAACAAACAUUGCGAAAGUGUGGAUUUAUGUCAUCGGCGCACAAUGGCGCGUGAGAUAUAUCGCAAACGUUUGCAUACAUCACGAACUCGUUACCAAACAUUACAGAACAAUAAGAAAUUUAAAACCAAUGAAAGGGAAAACAGUUAUCAUAACUCAUUUUUUGAACUGGCAAAACGUCUAGAGUGUGAUCCUGAUCCGUACUUCCACGGCAGCUAUGAUUAUUAUUAUACAGGUGGAAAUCUAUGUUUGUUAGAUGAUGGAGAACAUGUACUACAUGUAGAUGGCCCAAAUCUUAAUAAUCUCAAUGUCGGCAUUCUUCCAAAGUUUAGGAGUUUUUCUCGAACUUUUCUAGAUUCUAUAUGCUCACAAAAAUUACAAAGUGAUACUGAAGUGUUUGAAUUGCGUGCAAUACAAAACCUUCGAACUGAUUUCGGCAACUUUUUCGCAAUGCGUCAUAGGAACGCAAUUGAUUUGCAUUCCGUUCAUCCAGAUGGAAAUAUUAAAUCUUUUAUGCGAUUCAAGAGCAAUUCAACGCCAUUCAUAAGCUUUGCACAGUCGUCAAUCGAUUCAAGUACAUUCAUUAUUACCACAAUGAAACAAAAUAUUCGUGUGUAUGAUAUUAAUAAUCCCAACCCUAUACUUGCCGCUGCACAUGAUAUCUGUCCAAAAAAUGAUCCCAUGCGUAUAAGUUGGAAUAUGGUAAGACCUUGGCAAAGUCAAACCUAUUUAUAUGCAAACGAGAGGAAAUUUUGUGUAAUAGAUACACGGACAACUCCUGCAGAAUGGCUUAAGACCAGUUGCUUUCAAGAAAACAUGGAUUAUGACUGUGAUUUUAUAUCAUCCAUUGCAAAAAGUGAAUUUCGUGAUUUAGCAUAUGUAGCGACCAAUCAUAAAUUACAUUGCUUAGAUUUGCGUUACUUAGGUGGAGAUUUCGAAGCAAGUUCUGCGGCUGUGUGUCGCUGGACACAUCAGUUAGAAUAUGCUCCUGCUUUUAUUGAUACGUUCCGUGUUGGCGGCGUAGAGCUUAUAGCCAUUAGUAGCGCCUUAGCAAAUGAUAUGGUUAUUUGUGAGUUGUCACGACAACAUAUGGGGCAAACCGUAGACGGAGAAGCUAUUAUUCCCAGUGAAGCGACAGAAAAAGGCAGCCCAGAAAAUGGACAGUCUAAAAAGAGCAUUUACAAAUCAUAUUGCUUGCCAUAUCAACCACCAACACUACAGGAAGCAUAUCAACAGGCACGACUUGCUGGGAAAUGCCUACAACCCGAUGCUGACCUGCCAUCACGAAUAGCACGUUGCAGUACGGGAUUGUCAUUUAUCGACACCUUAACGUUUUCGGAAUGUAUUGGAGAAGAUGAUUGUGACACAUUCGCUUUGUUGCUCACAUCGAAUUCCAUUGGGGAUGUUUAUGCUCAUCGUUUAAUAGAAAAGGAGGCGAAAGAGCCAGAUACAAGAAGAAGAAUGUUUGCAGCCGAUGAUGAAAACAGCAUGUUUGAAUAUGCGAAACGUGUUUGUGAAUUUAAGCAACCAAGCUUAAAUUGCACAGAAGUUGUAAAUUUAAAAGCCAUGCGUAAAGUGUUUCGCUGCAAUACUCUAAGCACACCCUUCAUACUUAAUGAAGAUGAUAAGAGCAAGGUGGAAGUAACACCAUCCAAAAGACGUGGUUUGGGGCGUUGGCAGAAACGCAUUCAAACACUACAUAACUAUAAGGAUGCCUUAGUACAGGAUUUACUAUCAAUUUGGGAUAUUGAUUAUGAGGAUGAUAAAAAGGAUAUUUCUUUCUCCUAUAUUAAGAAAGGUUUAGGCGUUAAACCGGACCCAGAAACGAUUGUUAAUUCCUGGUUAGACGAAAAUAUGAAAUCGGAAGAUAAGCGCGAAAUACCGAUUCGUGGACCAUUACCAGAAAAUGGUCAACAAUAUAUCGAACACUUCGACUCUACAGUUAUGGCGGUAGUACAUGCACCGCAUGCCGAUAUAAAUGAGACUGUUAAAAUGGAAACAUCUAUUUGUAUUAAUGAUACAUUUGAUGCACUAAAUAAUUCAUUUACAAGUGAAUUUGAGCCGCAACAGCAAUCAACUCAACUCGUUGAUACAAUUUUAAAUAUGCCUGACUCACCGACUGAACAAGAAGAGUUCAUAUCUACAAAACCCAAGCCAAAAGAGAAACCAACUAAAAAGAAAUCAAAAUAUGUUAAAGGAUUUUGAUAAAUUAAGCAAUAGAUAUAUUG